AUGGAUGAAGGGACCUGCAGGCAGGAGCACUCUGUCCUCAGCAGUGACACUGGCCUGUUUGCCCUGGGGGCCCAACUAGGCAUCAAAAAGGCUCUGCAGACUGCACUGGCCACAUAGCCUCCUGCCUCUUGCCCAGCCGUCAGCACCACAACGCUCACCUGCUCCCUUCUGCUUGCCCAGGCUGGGUAAGUAAACAGCACCCUGCUUAGAGAGGCCUUGUUCUCCAGCGUGAUUUCGCCAACACUGCUCUGCGGCUUUCUCUACUUGGCUUGGGUUGCUGCUGAUCUUCCCGAGGUGAGCAGAGCGAUGGCUGCAAGUGGAGCCAGGAGCCAGGAGGGCCGCAGGGACCGUGCCUUCGUCUCCGAGUCUUUCGAUGGGGCCAAUGUGGCUCCCAGCCUUUGGCUGCACCGCUUUGAGGUCAUUGAUGACCUCAACCACUGGGACCAUGCUACCAAGCUUAGGUUCCUCAAAGAGUCACUCAAAGGAGAUGCUCUAGAGGUCUACAACCGACUCAGUGUCCAGGACCAGGGGGACUAUGGGACUGUGAAGGAGGCCCUCCUGAGGGCUUUCGGGGAGCCUGGGGCUGCACGAAGCCGGCCUAAAGAGAUCAUGUUUGCCAACAGCAUGGGUAAGGGCUACUACCUCAAAGGGAAGAUCGGCAAAGUGCCCGUGAGGUUCCUGGUGGACUCCGGGGCCCAGGUCUCUGUGGUCCACCCGAGCUUGUGGGAGGAGGUCACUGAUGGUGAUCUGGAUACCCUGCGGCCCUUUGAGAAUGUGGUGAAAGUGGCCAAUGGAGCCGAAAUGAAAAUCCUGGGCGUCUGGGAUACAGUGGUGUCCCUGGGCAAGCUGAAGCUGAAGGCCGAGUUCCUGGUGGCCAACGCGAGUGCUGAAGAAGCCAUCAUCGGCACCGACGUGCUGCAGGACCACAACGCCGUGCUGGACUUCGAGCACCGCACCUGCACCCUGAAAGGGAAGAAGUUCCGCCUCCUGCCAGUCGGGGGUUCCCUGGAAGAUGAGUUCGACCUGGAGCUCAUCGAGGAGGAGCCCACAGAGGAGGGGCGGCAGCAGCUCUCCUAUUAAGAAGCCCCCUUUUCCUCCCCCCGUAUUGGCUGGAAGACCUAUGAAUGUGGGGAGCACAUAACAUCAGGGAAGUUGCUGGAUUUGGUCCAUCUCUAAAUCCAGCUCUUGCUUGCCGCUCCCCUCCCUCUACAGGGGCCUUGGUGUGUCCCUGGUGGGGGAGGCUUUGUGGAAGUGGCUCAGGGAGAGAGAGCAGGCUGGCGUGCUUAGACAGGGGUGGGGGGCGGUGUGGGACAAUGGGGGGUGGGGGGUCCCCACGGUCUUCAAGCCACUGUUGGUGGCAACAACUUGAAGACUGGAAGAAGCUUCCAAGGAGGCUAGGAAGGUCUGUCUGUGAGAGGGGAUCGGGGGACCCUUUCUGAUACCUUGAGGUGUGGCUGUGUCACCUUCACUUGAUCUUAGCCAAAAGGCCGAGAAGCGAUGGCUGUGUCACCUUCAGGUCCAGCUGGGCUGGAUCAUAGCUACAGCUUUGAGAGCCAGGCCCUGCUCUCCUGCGAGGGUGGCAGCAGCUCUGGGAUGCCAUCCUGGCCAGUCUUCCCACUUACGUAGUGAUGUGUUUCCUUCUGUCAUUUGCUCUGAAAACCAUUGAAAUUAUUGUGCCAAUAAUUCAAUUACUUUUAAACCAAUAAAUAUCGGUUCAUG